AUGAAUACACACAGGCCAAGGAACAACCAUGUGAGCAUAAACACAAAGAGCUGCCCCGAUGAUAAUGCAACGCAGAGAAGGAACAGGAACAGGGAAACCAACAAUGAGCAGCCACAGCAGGCGGAGAAGUCGAAUAACGAAAGGAGAAUAAACUCUGCACACGCUGUUAUGUAUGCUUCGAGAGGCUCUGAUCGGAGCAAUCCUCACAGUGAAAAAGCCGAUGCCAUAACGAAGAGAGCCAAUCUUAUUAGCGUGCAGAGACAACUGCCCAGUAUCUUUUCCAACACAGGGAAAGAGAAACGAGAAGUCAAGUGGGGCCUAGUUCGGAGGGGAGAUUAUUACACUCAAGGGAAUAACACCACUCACGUACAUGGCGCAGAUCUGUGUGAUGAAAAAUUGAGGACGGAAAAUCGCCUGAACAGUUCAGGUAGAAAAACGAACCCGUCGUUAACCAUUCGUACACACUUGACACAGAAGAGGGAUGUCCUCCUGAGGCAGAAGAACAACAACAGCUGGGACUUAGCCUCCAAGAGGAAAGUCGAUCGAGAGGAGGUAUUGGAAAAUAAAAGACGGAAACCAUCUCAUUCGCAUGAUAGGGGUGGUUACGCUACUGGCAGCGCCAUUUCUUGUGGCACUGUGGCGGAUAUGAAAGAACAGCGCAGAGGUGAAGAAGCGGAGCACCCGCGUAGAAGCGGCACUGGGGAAGGCGGCCGCACUGGACAGGCUGGCCGCACUGUCGACGUUCCCCAUGUUACGCAUCCUACCCUUGUUGGCUCCAUUGGUGGUAGUUUGCCGAUGCGCGAACAGACGAGAAGGGACGAACUGGGUGGAGGAAAUCCCGGAAUGGGGCCAUGUGUAAGGAGCAGGACAUCCGAACGAACAAGCCAGGAAACAGAAGAGAGGCUACACGAGUCGUCUGCUUUCCCUCCAAGGGAUGACGUACAAAGUGAUGACGUAGAAGAGGUCUCUCUAAAGGGAGGAAGCAGGAGAGACUACCCUUGGGGGAUGCACAGGAAGCCCAGAGGAAAUCUCUCUCAUGGUUUCUACGCCGAAGUGGUGACCGAUGAUGAGAACACCACCGUUGGGACAAUCCCAAAGGGGGAUCCACCAAACAGGGAAGAGGUGGAUGGACGCAUAAAAUGCAAAGAACAGCGGGGAAGAGAGGAGAAAGGCGUAAGGGCAGGGCAGGCAGAUCAAAGAGAGGCUCCCCUAAAUAGGGACACCUCCAUCAGUGCGAUAAAGGAGGGUGACGGGAAGGAAGGAUGUAUCCACUCCAGGGAGGACUCUUCUUUGUUUCGGCAGAGAAGCAUCGGUGAGGAGAGGAAAGAUAACAUAGCUGUGGAGAGGACAGAUGACAUAGUUGUGGAGAAGGUCAGCAGGUGGAUUCCCCAUCCUGCCAGUCGCGACAAGUGCGACGAGAGGGACAAAAAAGCAUUACCUGGAGGUGGACACACUCAGGAAGGAAGCAAAAAAGGUCUCCAUGGCACCCACCUCUUUACCGAAAUUAAGAAGGCGUAUGAGGGGAGGGUGUCCGAUGAUUUGCUUCCAAAUCAUCCGAUGAAAAAAACAGCUGAUCAUGAUGCUGAGAGGAAGAAUGAGUUACUACCUGCGUUGCGGCGGAGGGGGGAACUGUCUUCCCACAAUUUUUCUGAUGAUUCUGAGGUAGAGAAGGAGCUAAGGAGGACAUACAGAAGUGCUCAGAGGGAGGAGGCACCACCGCCAAACAGACGCUUCGCCGCGCACACGCUCUCCUCAAAUAGUAAAAAUAUCAAAACGAUCAAGGGGAACUUCAAACAGGCAGAGAAGAAAGGAAUACCAGCUAGCCAAAAGAUGAGUGCAAUACCUAGGGUAGCGGCUACACAGUUGAGAAGAACAGACGACAGAGGAAUGGUACAAAAUGAGGGUCAAAGAAAAAAUAUCAUUUUUGCCUCUGGUCAGAUGGACAGACACAACUCAAGGGCGACCUUCACGCGGGGUUUCAGCAGAAGGGAAGGCGGAAUGGAUACACCUGGGGGAGCGGACAAAGCAAGUGCACCCGGUGGAGCGGAGCCCCUCUCCUGUCACCUUGCUACCCGAUUGCCUUUGCCAAAAAAAGAAAAAGACAGAUCAGAUAAGAUCCCCGAAGUGAAAAAAAGUUAUGGACCGUUGAGCUCAAGUAGAGGGAUGGCGACGCAUGGUAGGAAUCUUCCAGGGGUGGAAGCCUCUGUAAUUGGAACGAUGAAAGGUCAGCCAUGGGGGGGACCGAAAAUGGGAGCGAAGGAGUCGACUAACCAAAUGGAUGAUAUCACCAAAACAGUGGAGGGGCCGACUCCUCUCCUGCCUCGCACAAAUCUGGUCGUGGUCGACGAGGAGAGAAUCAAAAGACACAAGGGGAUCGGCGGCAAUAGGGGUAUCCAGAGUCAUAAAUAUGUGCUUAGCCGCAGGGACGCGCCGUCCCGGGGACAGCAAGCGAAAACCACCGACGUUGGCGCCAAGAGGAACCCGCGCGAGCAACACAGCAGCAACAUGAGCAGCAUCAGCAGCAGUUCAGGGAAAACGUCCGGGGCGUUGCUAAGCAGCGCAAGCAGCAGUUCGUUAAGGGGUUCCAAAGUGUGUGCACGCGAAAGGAGGGAAAAAAUCACAUCGCACCUGUACACACAAAGCAGUAGGAACGCUCUGGCGAAGGACGGAAACACGAGCGCCACCACCAAACGGAACAACAGCAGCAGUCACAACAAUAAUAGAAGCAACGCAGCUCCGAUGAGCAAGCGAUCGGCAAAUACCAUUGGCAGUAACAGUCAUCUGAGCAAGAGGAUACCAGUGGUUCCCAUCUCCAAAUGUAGAGGCAAAGCUCCUGGGAAUGCUGGAAAUGCUGAAAAUCGUGGGAAGAGCGGAAAUCAAGAAGAUGCAUCAAAAAUCGGUUCUGCUGAUGUCAUAGAAUCCAGGAGAAACGCAGAGGAGAAACAUAAUAAGGAUGAACCCCUCAGAUGCAACCUCACCCAUUUUGCUAACUCGAAAAAAGGGACACAGAAUAGCCAUCAAAAUUACAAAGAUCCUAUAAGUGAAGAAAUGGAAAGACACAAAAGGGAACAGAAAAAAAAAAAAAAUGUUAAGAGCAAUUCUAUUCCUCCUAGAAAUAUGAACAGACGGAGGAGGAGCGACAAUUCGAAUAAUAUCUUUUUGGGUGGAUCGCAUGACUGCGGUGGGGAGGGAGAAGACGGCGAGGGGAAGAAAAAGGGGGGAGGAAAUAGGGCCUCCAGCUUUAGGAAGCGCAGUGAUAGCUACGACGAGAGGGGAAAACACUCCAAGGGGGGAGGAAGUACUUCUGACCGAGUUAGACGUAGUUGUGACGGGGAAGAGAGCUCUCCGGCGAAGAACACGCUGAGCGAUAACUCUCGCAUGAAGAACUCCAGCAUGCAGGACUCGAGCAGCUCGGCCAGCCAACGAGAAAGGAAGGAAAUGUCCUACUUUGAGUGGUUAGCUAAGGAGAAGCGAAAGAAGGAGGAAGGUAUAAGCACAGGGGAAGCAUCCGUUGUAGGGGAAGCAGCCGUUGCGGGCGAAGCGGCAAGUGUCGGCGCCGCUCCAUCUGCAGAAGGAGGGUCAGCAAACGCAGAGGACACUCCAAGGCAGAUGAGCGAGAAGAAUCCACUGAGCGACGCACUGCAAGACGAGCACUAUCAUUUGAUGCUACAGCCACUGAGUGCAUUCAAUCUGAAGCAGAACGAAAGGAAUUACGAGCAAGACGAUUUUAUAGUCGACAAAAAUCCCAUAGGGAAUGGAAGGACCGGACUCGUUUUUAAAGCCAUCAUAAAAAAAGCAAACGAGUAUGUAGCGUUGAAAGUUAUGGCGAAAGACACCAUCGCGUCAUUGAAUAUAGAGAGACAAGUCCUGAAGGAGAUAAUAAUCCAGGCAAGCUUAAAUCAUAAAAACAUUUUACAGUUAAUAGCCUAUUUUGAAGAUAGAACCCGUUUAUUUCUCAUUCUGGAGCUAGCCAAUGGAGGAUCCAUACGAAACAAAAUGAAAUCAGAUGCACAACCAUUGCCGGAAGAGCAAGUAGCCUUGUAUGUGUAUCAGAUUGCGGAUGCCUUGGCUUACUUACAUAAAUUUAAUAUUAUUCAUAGGGAUCUAAAACCGGACAACAUUCUGUUGCAUCACUCUCAUGAUGAUCCUAAAGGAGACCAGAUUUAUAAAUAUGGGACCGUUAAGAUUGCUGAUUUUGGAUUCUCUUGUCAGCUCAAAAAUAAGAGACAAAAGAGAAGCACCUUCUGUGGGACGGUCGACUAUAUGCCUCCGGAGAUCAUCAACCAGAUUCCCUACGACUGCAACGUCGACUUGUGGUGCCUGGGUAUUGUCAUCUUCGAGCUGCUCGUCGGCUUCCCGCCCUUCACGGACGACACGCAGGAGCGGAUAUUCAGCCAAAUCAAGGAGCUGAACUUCCACUUCCCCAAGGCCAUCUCGUUGCAGGCGCGGGAUCUCAUACUGAAGCCGCUUCACCUCCUGCUGCUUCUCAUUAUAGCCCUUGCGAGCCGCGCGAGGGGGGGAAACCCAGGUGGUGUCAGCGAUGGAGGCGGUGGGGGGGCUGUCUUCUCCCGUGACUUCGACAAAGACAUGAGCGAACUGGACUUAAGCGGCCUAGAGGAAGAAAUCGAAGGCAUCGAUGAAAUAGCACACAAGGAUUACUACCAGUACGUGACGCAGCUGUAUGUUUACGUGCGCGUGGACGAGAAAUACAGGACGUUCCGAAACCACUUGUCGCUCAUCCGCCUCGGGGAGAAGUACAUGACUCUGCUGCAAAACGCAAUGAUGAAUGUCCAAAUGAAGAAAACUGGACUGGGAAUCUUGACGUGCUUUUACCAGGACAAAGCCAUUACGGAAAACCUAGUUACGUAUUUCCUAAUGCAGAAGGAAGUGGAUUUUUUGGAAGUCGGCUUCGACAGGCGCUUUCCAGAGGGAAGAUCCGCACCCAUCGUUGAUGUCGACGGGAGGAGUGAGCCGCAGAACAAACCCGACGAGGAGUUAUAG